UUGAGAAACUCUCUCAAAUGAAAUGGUUCAAAGCUUUGUAAUGUUGUUAUUAACUAAUCAACGAUAAUUGUUUAGAAAACAAUAAAAUAGGAUCUCAAGAGAAUUAGCCGCUUCUCUGUGAUAAAUACUGCAAAGUGAAAGUGAGGCAGAUAAAACCAAUCUGAUCACACUGGUUUAAUCUUCUUCUUCUUCAUAUUUUAGACCACAGAGAUGAUGUCUCCACUAUCAGAUCUCCUAAACCUCGAUCUCACUGACACCAAGAAGAUCAUCGCUGAAUACAUAUGGAUCGGUGGGUCUGGCAUGGACAUUAGAAGCAAAGCCAGGACAUUACCAGGACCAGUAAGUGAUCCAUCAAAGCUUCCAAAAUGGAACUACGACGGAUCAAGCACCGACCAAGCUGCUGGAGAUGACAGUUAAGUCAUUCUAUAGUAAAUCUUCUCCAUCCCCUCCUAUACACAUAAUUUUAGUAAUACUUUUUAAAAAAAUUUGAUUGAAAAGAGUUUUGUUUUUGGAAUGAAUGCAAAAAAAAAGUCCUCAGGCAAUAUACAAAGAUCCAUUCAGGAAAGGGAACCACAUUCUGGUGAUGUGUGAUGCCUACACACCAGCCGGAAAUCCAAUUCCGACCAACAAUAGGAACAAAGCCGUCAAAAUCUUCGAUCAUCCCAAUGUGAAGGCUGAAGAGCCUUGGUUUGGGAUAGAGCAAGAAUACACAUUACUUAAGAAAGACGUGAAGUGGCCAUUAGGAUGGCCUCUUGGUGGCUUUCCUGGUCCUCAGGGACCGUACUAUUGUGCAGUUGGUGCAGACAAAGCCUUUGGUCGUGACAUUGUUGAUGCUCACUAUAAAGCUUGUCUUUACGCCGGUUUAAGUAUCGGUGGAGCCAAUGCUGAAGUCAUGCCUGGACAGUGGGAGUUUCAAAUCAGCCCUACAGUUGGUGUCGGUGCAGGUGAUCAGUUAUGGGUUGCUCGUUACAUUCUUGAGAGGAUUACUGAGAUAUCCGAUGUGAUUGUCUCAUACGAUCCAAAACCAAUAGAGGGUGAUUGGAAUGGAGCAGCGGCUCAUACGAACUUCAGUACAAAAUCGAUGAGGAAAGAUGGAGGACUUGAUUUGAUUAAGGAAGCAAUAAAGAAGCUUGAAGUGAAACACAAACAACACAUUGCGGCUUAUGGUGAAGGCAACGAGAGGCGUCUCACUGGGAAGCAUGAAACCGCAGACAUCAACAAAUUCUCUUGGGGAGUGGCGGAUCGUGGAGCAUCGGUGAGAGUAGGAAGAGAUACAGAGAGAGAAGGAAAAGGGUAUUUUGAAGAUAGAAGGCCUUCUUCUAAUAUGGAUCCUUACCUUGUAAUCUCAAUGAUUGCUGAAACCACUAUCCUCGGCUAAGUUUUUUUAUGAUUGCUGAAACCACUAUCCUCGGCUAAGUUUUUUUGGUUCUUUGUAUCUUCUUCGGGGUUUAGUUUUGAGACAUUUCUUGCCAAUAAGUCAUAGAAUGUUCUGUGGUUUCUAUUGUUUAAUCCGGUUAUGGUUCAUUUAAAGCCAAAA